AAAAAAACAACCACUAAAACAGAAAAUCACAAGAAGAGGGAGAGUUUUUCUGGAAAAGCUCAUACUUUUUAGUUUCUAGUAUGUGUAUACACAAUACAAAAUCAGAUUUUCCUUUUGGCUUUUACCAAAUGCAACAACUUUUGAUUACAAUUUCUCUCUCAGCAUUUUCCUUAACAUAAGGACAAUCACAUGAACAUUAAAAAAUUCAACCAAUGUCAUUAUUUUAAAUAUAAAAAGAUCACUCAGAAGACGUAACUGCAACCUUUGACUGCUGAAUCAGUCACGAACUUAAACAGCUUUUGUUUAACUUAGAUAAUCAACCGGUGAAGGUUGUUCUUUGAUUAUUAAUUUAUAGUUGCUUGGACUGAUGGACUCCAUUACUAUCUUCUUAAGCUUUGUUUGCUACAGUAGAUCCACUGUGACCAGGAAGAUGAAUACCUUCCAGGGAGGUGGUAGCAGAUCAGCCCGUCAAUUUCUCAAAGCAUUGUUGGUCGAACUAUUACUAUAUGCAUGGUUUAUUACUGGUGGAUUCUGUAAGGAAUUUGGAAAAGAAAAUUUUGGGUGCAUAGAGAAAGAGAGACAAGCUCUUCUCAACUUAAAGAAAGGUCUUGUUGAUUAUGAUAACCUUCUCUCCUCGUGGAUUAGCGGAGAUAAAGAUUGCUGUAGGUGGAAAGGGGUAGGUUGCAACAACAAAACUGGUCAUGUCACUCUGCUUGAUCUCCGUCCUGUGAUUAAUUCCUCGAGUGAUACUGGUGACAUUUGGACACCUAUGAGCGGUGAGAUAGGCCCUUCCUUGCUUGAACUACGGUGCUUGACUGGCUUGGACCUCAGUCUUAAUAUGUUCUCUAAUAUUCCUGAGUUUAUUGGUUCACUCACUGAGCUGAAAUAUCUUAACCUCUCAUGGAAUGGUUUCAGUGGAACUAUUCCUCCUCAGCUGGGGAAUAUCUCCAUGUUACGUUCUCUUGAUCUCUCAUGGAAUAAUAGCUUGAUUGUUGAAAACUUUGAAUGGCUAUCUCGUCUUUCUUCCUUGAGAAUACUUAGAAUGGGUCAAGUUGAUUUUACGAAAGCCCUGAAUUGGCUUCAAUCAAUUAAAUUGAAUCCUUCCCUAGCAAGCUUAUACUUAUCAGCCUGCCAAUUUCCUCCGGUUGAUCCUUCAUCUCUUUCCCAAGUCAACUCUUCCAAUGCUCUUAAAGUAAUCCACAUCGUUGGCAGUACCUUUGACCAUUCAACUUUUCCCCUGCUGAUCAAUAUAAGUGGUAACACUAUUGAUCUUAGCUUGUUUGAUAACCAGCUCAAGGGUACAAUUCCAGAUUCUUUUGGCAACAUGGGUUCUCUUGAACACGUUGAUUUCUCAAGGAAUCAACUUGAAGGUGCCAUUCCGAAAUCCUUGGGGAAUCUUUGCAACUUAAAAACAUUAGAUUUCUCUGAAAAUGGUCUAAGUGAACCAAUUCAUCAACUUCUACAAAGUCUGAAUGGAUGCACUAAGAAUUCUUUGGAGGUCCUGAGGUUGAACGAUAAUCAAUUGAGUGGUUUCUUACCUGAUAUGACAGAAUUUCCAUCCUUGAGAGACUUGCAUCUUGAUAAUAACCAACUGGACGGAUUUUCCCCAGACAGUUUUGGGCACUCAUCUCAGCUUGUUUAUUUGUCGUUGGCAAGAAACAAACUCACGGGCUCAUUUCCUGUAGGAAUUGGCCAGAUGUCAAGUCUCAGGGUGCUAGAUGUUUCCUCAAACAAUUUGAAUGGUGAAAUCUCUGAAGUUCACCUGUUAAACCUCUCCAAGUUGCAGCUUCUUGACUUAUCUUUCAACUCUUUGGAUUUGAAUUUCAGCUCUGAUUGGGUUUCUCCUUUUCAACUAGAUUCUAUUAGAUUGAGGUCUUGCAAGUUAGGUCCACGAUUUCCUAGCUGGCUUCGAGGGCAAACUAAUUUUUCCCACCUCGAUAUCUCCAAUUCUGAGAUUUCAGACGUUAUUCCCAGCUGGUUUUGGUAUUUCCCUUCUAAUUUGAAGUACUUCAAUAUUUCCUUCAAUAAUAUCAGUGGGAAGGUACCAAAUCUAUCAUUUAAAUUUAAUUCAUUUCCUGGAGUAGAUAUGAGUUCCAACAUGUUUCAUGGUCAUAUACCAGAAUUUCUUGCUAAUACAACAGUGUUGAAUCUCUCUGGAAACAAGUUUUCAGGAUCUACGUCUUUUUUAUGCACGGUCAAGGAAAGUGCCUUGAGCUAUCUUGACCUCUCUAACAAUUUAUUGUCAGGCAGCCUUCCUGAUUGUUGGAUGAAUUUGAGACAAUUGGUUGUUCUCAAUUUGGAGAACAAUAAUUUGUCGGGAGCGAUCCCAAGCUCAAUGGGAUUACUACAGCAGGUUCGAUCAUUGCGUUUGAGGAACAACAGCUUUUCUGGUAAGGUACCAUCGUCACUGAGCAAUUGUAUGGAGUUGGAACUCUUGGAUCUUGGGGAGAAUCAAUUAUAUGGAAUCAUUUCGCCAUGGAUAGGGGAAAAUCUAACUAAUUUGGUUGUUCUCCGUCUAAGGUCAAACAAGUUCUAUGGCAAAAUACCUCCAAGUCUCUGUCAUCUGGAAUCUCUUCAAAUUCUUGAUCUUUCUCUGAACAAUAUAUCGGGAUCUAUUCCACCUUGCCUAAACAACUUAACUGCCAUGGCACGAAAUAGGAGUACAGAUGCAGGCAUUUGGUAUUUUUAUUAUUAUUCUGACACCUUUGUUGAUGGAAAUGGUGUUACCGUUCUGAAAUAUGGUGCUGAUUACAUUGAUUAUGCAUCCGUGGUAUGGAAAGGAGUGGAACAUGAGUAUGGCAAGACAUUAGGAUUACUAAAGCUCAUUGACCUGUCAAGCAACAAAUUAAACGAGGAAAUACCCAAAGAAGUUACAAGUCUUCUAGGAUUGAUUACUCUAAAUCUAUCAAGAAACAUGUUAACAGGGAGCAUUCCAAUGGAGAUUGGCCAAUUGAAAGUGUUGGAAUCGCUUGAUUUGUCUACAAAUAGCCUCUUUGGUGAAAUCCCUAGCAGCCUUGCUGAUUUGUUUUAUCUCAGUGUGUUGAACUUGACAAAUAACAAUUUGUCAGGAAAAAUUCCAUCAAGCACUCAGCUGCAGAGCUUUAGUGCUAGUUCUUAUUUGGGGAAUCCAGGACUUUGUGGAGCACCAUUGACAAAUAAGUGCCCAGGAGAUGAAACGGCCAAGCCACCAAAUGCUGAUGGCAGUGGAAUCGGCAUUGAAGGAGAUGAAGAAUGGUUUGAACCCUUGUGGUUUUACCUUGGCAUGGUGAUUGGAUUCGCUAUAGGAUUUUGGGGAGUCUUGGGUACACUACUGAUAAACCAAUCUUGGAGACGCAAAUACUUUCAGUUCUUGAGCAACAUAGAAGAUCGUAUCCGCUUGACGAUAGCACUGAAGAUGAGCAAAAUGAGACAAAGGCACCAUCAUGGUUUAGUUGUUGAUGCAUGA